AUGUCAACAAUACAGUCCUCAAAACCGCCCGUUCCCGCGCUUGCGAGGAUCGAAUCUCAAUACAGACGCUUCCUGGCCCGAAGAUGGUUCAGUCUCAUGUGGAGAGCGAGUGUAUGGUCUGGGCUAGUCACGGGUUCAGCGACGUUGUUUGUGACAGGGCACACAAACGGCUUCUGUAUUGGGAUCCUCUUCGGCGUACUGGGAUUUCCCAUUUCGCUGUACCCCCUACUCCAAGCUUACAGUAACCAGCUCAGACAUCCUCCCAAGACUCUAUCCAGGUCUAGUGUCCGACCAGCGGCGCUCUUCUCCACAUCCGUCACUGCAGUAUCAUCCCUCCGCCUCAUCGCAUCAUAUGUCAUUUUCGCUUCAGCCUUCACAUUUCUCUACUGUCAAUCGGUGCAAGCCAUCGCGCCAUCAAAAGCACUGGGCAUCCUAUCACCCACUCAGAGGCAUCCUCUCCAUCUCAAUGAGCGAUUCAUUUUCCUCCUCUUUGGCCAUGUCUUGGUAUAUAUCUGUCUUGCCAUUGGUGACAUAGUGGGACGACGGAUCAAGACUGAAUGGCCCUCUCGAAAAAUGCCACUGCACCUUGCUGCACGCAAUAGUCUCAGUCAAGGCUUUGCAUCGUUCGCUGGCCACGGACUUGUAAAACCCAGCGGGACUGUCUCACAGGCUGCUGCCGUCACAGCGCUAUUCUACGUAUCUUAUACGUCUCUGAGGCGGUCCGUCUGGACCAUGCUGUAUACACACUCGGCGGGAUUGUUGAAACCAUUCAUCAUCAACUUUGUGCGAUCGAGUCAUGCCGCCGUGAAUUGGCAGCUCUGCCUUCACCUUCAGUUCCUCACCGCUACGUCGUUGCUCAUCAUGCGACCCGUUACGACCAUGAUCAAUGCGUACAUUACUCAGCCCCUGGACUUUUCAUCCUUCGCGGUGAAGAGCCCCCUCUCGCCCGAUCGGUAUCUCUUGACAGCGCUAGGAUCCUCAGACGCAUACUAUUCGCACUUCACUCUCAUGGAACUCGUUCGAAUCUCUCGUGAUUCCGCUCGACGCAAAGCGAUCUUUGCAGACAUCUCCAAGCAGCCAGUCUUGACCCACGAGCUAUGGCAAGCACUGUUACUUCAUUUAGGAUCAGCCCACCAGACGUUGAGCAUUCGAGGAGGUUCGACAGCCUCAUCGACUGCACCCGCCGUACAGCCGCGACCAAUUCGAGACUCCCACACCAUCGCUUUGAAGUCGGCAGAUAUUUUUCGGCCAGCCGUAAAACAGCGGUCGACAAUAGCCUCGACUCUUCAACAUGUUCUUGACGGCCCGCCUCAGAAUCAUCCUGCUGCAUCACAAGCUGUGGUGCGUGCUGAGGAGAUCGCAAAGGCGAUGGAAGCGAAAGCUGUGGGUCAAGUGAAGGGCGCAACCGAACAGGUAAUAGGUCGCAUAGAGGGCACGCAGGUGGGCGCGCAAGUCAUCACAGAGGCCAGAGGGUGGUUGGAUGGCAUGAAUGACUGGGCGGGUCGCGUUUGGGCGGAUAGACAGGUCACAGCGGCUUUACCAGAGAUUUCGAAGACACUGUGGAUCAUCGAUAUCCUCACUACCUUAAUGGUGGCAUCCGCAGAGGAGGACCUUUAUGGCCAUGUUCAGCAGGUCCUGCCUGCGACCUUAGAGGCCUUUGUUCGCCUACGGUCGACCGCUAUAGGUUUUGAGAAGGAGCUUGCCGCACGAGCUUCCAGUGUUAAUCGCGGCGAAAAGACUGCGACGGAGGAGAGCUCGGCGCGCAUAUCACCGAUGAUUCAUGCCUGCGAAACGGCCAUCCAUAGGGUCGCGGAGAGAUUCGGUACCAGCUUGACAUCAUUUCGCUUCCCGCCGGCCAUCGCUGCUGCAUUGACAGAUAUCGGUCGGACGGAUGAUGAUUGA